AUGCAACAUGCACAAUCAUCCUCACCAUCACCAUCCUUGGUCACGGGGCCACGAACACCAGAACUAUGGAACUAUACAAUGGGUGAGCUCAUCACCAUGCAAGCCGCACAAUUUGGCAAUCAUACCGCUACGAUCUUCUCAUGGCAACGGCAGAGGCUGUCUUACCAAGACCUUGCCCAACGGAGCGAAGAAGUUGCAAGGUCAAUGUUGGCUAGCGGAUUAAAGCAUGGAGAUUGUGUUGCAAUCAUGGCAGGCAAUUGCUAUCAAUAUAUUGAGACGUUCCUAGCUGCUGCGCGGAUAGGCUGUCCAUUCGUCGUCCUCAACAACACCUACAGCCCAAAAGAGGUGGUGAAUGCUCUUCAGGUGGUCCCUUGCAAGCUUCUCUUCAUUGCUCAGAAGAUCGGCACGAGGAGCCUGGCGCCACAUAUCGAUGCAUUGACUAAGAAUACCACCAAUAUGCCUAUUGUCUUGCUCUCGAGCGGCGUUGCUUCAGAGGCUUCGCAUACAAAUAUGACCUCAUACUCGACAUUUGUGGCCGGGCGGCACUCUAUCAGCAGAGCAACUUUGAACCAGGCCGAAAGUCAGGUACGGUGUGAGGACAUUGUCAAUCUACAAUUUACUUCAGGAACUACUGGGGCUCCCAAAGCAGCCAUGUUGAGUCACAAGAACAUUAUCAAUAACGGACGGUUUCUCGGCGACGCAAUGAGACUCGUCCCAUCUGACAGUGUUUGCUGUCCGCCUCCGCUCUUCCAUUGCUUCGGGCUAGUGAUGGGAUUUCUGGGCUCAGUCACCCAUGGAAGCACCAUCGUGUUCCCGUGUGAUCAGUUUGACGCCCACUUGGUCCUUGAUGCCCUGCAUGAGGAGAAGUGUACCGCAUUAUAUGGCGUGCCGACGAUGUUCAUCGCCGAAAUCGAGGCAAAUCAGAAAAAGAAAUACAAAAUUACAUCCGUUCGGACAGGUGUGGCAGCUGGAUCAUCGGUACCUGCCCCUGUAAUGAAGCGCCUAGAGCAGGAAUUUGGCGUCAAGAGGAUGUUAAUAGCUUACGGCAUGACGGAAACCAGCCCUGUGACAUUCAUCACUUCGCUUGACGACUCGGAAGAACGACGAACCAAGACUGUCGGGCGAGUCUUGCCACACACUGCGGCGAAAGUGGUGGAUAGGAAUGGUAAAAUUGUACCAAGAGGUGUUGCGGGUGAGCUGUGCACCAGUGGAUAUGCCCUGCAAAAGGGUUAUUACAACAAUCCAGAGAAGACUAACGAGGUCAUGAGGAGGGAUAAUGAAGGCGUCUUGUGGAUGCACACUGGAGAUGAAUGUGUCAUUGACAAUGAUGGAUACUGCAUGGUCACUGGACGCAUCAAAGACAUCAUUAUCAGAGGCGGCGAAAACAUUUUCCCUCUCGAGAUCGAAGAACGCAUCCUUGAACACCCUGCUGUCGACGACGUGAGUGUCGUUGCCACCAAAGACGAUCGAUAUGGUGAAGAAGUUGCCGCAUUCUUAGCUAUCAAGAAAGGAAUAAUCACCAGACCCAGUGCACUCGAGAUUAACCAGUGGGUAAGAAAGACCUUGGGCUCACACAAAGCGCCAAAACAUGUCUUCUGGAUUGGCGAUGAAGGUGUCGGGAACGAUUUUCCGAAGACGGGCAGCGGGAAACACCAAAAACACAUUCUGCGCUUGAUUGGUAACCGGCUAGUAGCAAGGCAGAAGCCAAAAGCGAGACUGUAA